UUAGUCAUCCAGGAUCUUAUCUGCACUUAUAAAACAUAAAUGGGGAAUCUGCCGCAGCACUUUCUCCAUUUGAAUUUAGCUCCAAAAAGUGCUAUAUCUGUCUGCACAAUGCAUCCCCCCAAUGUCCUGCUGGCUACAGUCGCUCUUCUUUUUCUGAUCCAUGUGACAAGCUCAUUGAAUGAGGAACAACUGAGGAAACAACUCACCGAAAUUGUCAACCUAAAAUUGGUCAGGAGUGUCACUGAAAUUCGGAACUGGAGAAUUCUUGUGGAAAGAAGAGCAAUCCCUUACAUGCGGGACUGUGACGAAAUGUUCCAGGCAGGCCACAAAGAGAGUGGCCUUUAUAUAAUACGCCCCGAGAACGCCCGCAAGCUCGUAGCCUGGUGCCACAUGGAUGGAUGCAAUGGGUGGACAGUCAUCCAACACAACACCCACAACACUGAACUCACCUGGUCAGAGACCUGGACAACUUAUAAAUAUGGGUUUGGUAACUUGGUGGGAGAUCACUGGUUGGGCACCGAGUACAUUUCCUUGAUUAGCCAGCAGAAAUGGUACAAAGUCAGAAUAAAUUUAGUAGAUGCAGGUGGACACCAUAGAUAUGCAGAAUACGAUAGCUUUGUCCUGAGAAAUGAGAACGAUGAAUAUACGCUCAAGUUAGGGACCUACGAGGGUAAUGCAGGUGACUCUCUCACUUCUUCCAAGGCCAAAAACAUGCACGACAACAUGAGGUUCUCUUGUAAAGACAAGGACCACGACAGGUCUACCAAAGAGAACUGUGCAGACAUCCACGGUGGGGGCUGGUGGUACGACUCCUGCUUUGAUGCCCAGCUGAACCGCAAAGGUGGGCUUCACUGGGGCACAUUAUGCGAUGAGAAUUGCAGGAGCUCAGUUAUCAUGCUGAAGCCCAUCCACAUGUAUUGCAGCAGGGUGUAGAAAGGCGCACAGCCUCGCAUGUCACGAACUGCUGUAAUGGGAUGCAGGGGGUGCAACAAAAGUGCAGAUUCCUUUGCUUCCAGACCUUUCUAUAUAAAUAAAUAGUGGCUUCUUUUGCUACCUCUCAGUGACAUGGCGAAUGUAUUUCAUUCUGACAGAAUUGCGAGCCAAUAUUCCUGUAUAACUUUUUCGCUGAUUGCAACACUGUGAAGUCUUCCAGUUCUUUAUUAAAAUAGCUUUUCAGCCGCAAGAGAGAGGUGUCUUUUUUUUAAUAACAAAAAACCCACAACCCUUCAUUUUAUUCUCACAUCAAAGAGUCAUAGGAAAGGCCAUGUAAAGUAUGGACUAAUCACUGUAAUUGUGCCAAUUAAGUACAGCUAGGGUUGCCAUAUUUCAAAAAGUAAAAACCAGGACACCCUGAAAGUUGUUGGU